AAUCUGUAUUGGGAGGUAACCAAUAACGUAUGACGUUUGUGCUGGCGCACGGGCGCCGUGUAAUUGAACAGUACUAAAUGGAUGCCACCGAGACUGGUUGGUAAAUACAGUUGAGAAACAGUUCUGAAAGGACGAUAGCAUACAUUUCAGUUUGGGAUUGUCACUUAUCACUAUUUUCUUGUAGUCAUCUUGCCAUCUCUGAGCCUGUUUGCAACGUGUACUGUGCAACUAGAGGAGCGACACCAAGAACAGCACAAUGCCGCUCGUGAGAACGCUGCUCCUUCUGGCUGUCCUUUGCGCACCCAGCUCAAGUCUAUGCUUCCGACUGUAUGAAACCGAAUCUAACUUUUUGUGCAGCAAUGAUGUCCUUUCCGGAGCUAAGAGUAAUGAGCAGCCCAACAACGUGCUUUUAGACAGACGGGGCUUCCUCAUUGGGUCCGAAGAGAACGGCGCCGAAUCUGCGGAAUCUCGCGAAAAAAGGACAUACCCAGCACCUAACUACAGAUUCCUCAGCCACACACAGCUGAGGAGUAAGAUGUACAGGAACAGCGCAAAGGGCAACCGGCGCAGUAAGGUUACCCUCUCCCUAGAUGUUCCGACCAACAUCAUGAACAUCCUUUUCGACAUUGCCAAAGCCAAGAACCUGCGAGCCAAGGCGGCAGACAACGCUCGUUUGAUGGCAAAGAUUGGAAAGAGAAAGUGAAUCAAUAGAUACCAAAUGACUUUUAAUGAUAGUUCAUUUAUUCGUUCUUGUGUCAUUUUUCUUAUCCUGGCGAAGAUCUCUGAGUUCACAAGUUUGCUUGACCGACAAGCGUUAGCCUACAGAGACAGGCAUAUCCUGACUGAUAAAUGUCGUCUGUGAACGUUUCCAUGUGCGCAAAGAAAAAGAGAAAAUUAUUCAUGGACAUUCAGCUUCGUUGUUAAAACGGACAUAAACCCUGUAGUCCAUCUCCAUGCUUGCAAUAAUGCGCUGAAGUUAUGAAGAAUAACACUGACUAUUGUUUUCUGCCUAAGCAGGGUAGGAAAUAAAAUCAUCUGAAUAAUUGAAAUCAAAUCUUAUUAAGGGGCAACAAAGAAUAAUGUGGCCAUUCAGUCGGCUCUGCUUGGGUAUAUGGAAAUAAACUUUAUAUUAAGGAAGCA